CGAAAAAGAAGAACGUCUCUUGUGAGAUGGCUGCGAUACCGCCCGCGAGCUUCGUGCCCUCUUACGUCACCGCGCGAGCGAGCGAGCGAGCGCGCGCGCGCGGGCGCUAUAAAGCGGUGCGGUGCUGCCGGAGAGGGAGACUGGACUCGGGGACGGACGCGCCUGCAGACAUGACCAAGAUCGCGGUAUUCGCUCUUCUACUCGUGACGGUGGUGGCGGUAGCGAUGGCGGACCACGAGCCGGGCCAUCGCGGCGGCAGCAACAGCGGCCACCGCCAGUCCGGCCACGACGGCGGCUCGGGCCGCGCCAACUACGACCACGGCAGCCACUCGCACCACAACGCCCGCGGCCACGACGCCCACAGCCACGGCUCCCACGCGCACGACGGCCACGGGCAGGGCGGGCGCGUGCGCGGCCAUGACGGCCGGCGGGGAGGCUCCGACAACGGGGGCCCCCGCUACUAGGCGCUCCGGCCACGCGCCGCGCGAGGACGCGCUCUAAUUAAACCUUCUUUUCUACCACCAAGGAAUGCGUUUCUUUUCAACUCCUCUUCCUCCUUCCCACAACCUCAUAGUUCUAAUUAGUUAAGGUAUAAGUAUUGUGCUAUAUAAAUCCUCGCUAACACGAUUUCCAUGCGACAAAAAUAAUCGGGAUUCGUGAUUUCUGAUUUUACGUACAAAUGUUCCUGAAUUAUUGUUAAAAAUGUGUAGGGUAAGUAAAGGGGUAGAAAAUGAUCACUUUUCAACAAUGAAAUAUAGUUGGAAAUUGCAUAUAACGCUGUUACGAGGAUCAUUCAAUAAUUAAAGACACUAUUUCACUCAUGUCUGUCCGUAUAGCAAGUAACCAAUGCUGAACAAGAAUGUACUCAAAUUAAACCAAGUAACGUUAUAAAAUUAUCCGUUUACCUUUUACUCUCCUCUGUAAUUACUUUGUUUACCUUUUUUAAGAUAAAGAUAGCAAUUGUUUUAGGUUCAUAAUAGCAUGUGAGCAUCAAUAUAAUAUUAAAAUGUGUCAUUUUAGUAAUGUUUAAAACUCUGAAAUAUAAUAUAUUAUUAAAGAUUCAGUGCAAAAAACAGCCAAAGAAGCAGAGAAAGUGUGUGGAAGCAAUUUCAAGAAGUUUUUAAAGAAAUAAAAUUCAAAUGGGUAGCACAAAAUGCAAAUGAAGAAACUACCUAUAUUGUGGGCAAUUAAUAGGCGAAGAUUAGAUAGUGAAGAGUACAAAUAAUAUGCUGACAAAACUAUGUGAAACGAUAGAACCAAACUUACUCAGAAAAAUACUUUGAGUACACACGUGUGUUAAAUCCAUUCGAAAUUGAGAAAUAUCGCUGCUAAUUCAGCUUGUACAUACAUAUUUCACUUCAAAUACUUCCACGUAAUGCCAAGACAUGAAAAUCUCAAAUUCUACAACUUUAAUAAUAGUUUUAAUAAAUGUUAUCAGUAGCUUUCUCAUACUUUUGUAUAUGUUUUAUUACAAUAAAAUCGAAACAUACUUAAAAAAUUUUUUGAAUUAAACUCUUUUUCAUAUUUUACUUGAUUAUAAGUUAUUCCAGGAGGCAGUGAUAACUCGGAGCUGAAUGUAAAUUUCACAUAUUUUGGUUGCUAUUUUGAGUAAUAUUUCUAUUUUUCGUAAUUCCUGUAAUUUUAAUUAUCCAUUCGAUUCAUCCAUGGUCUUAAUAUGUAAUAUUGUCACUAAAUAUUACUUGAAGUGCUGUGAUAUUACUUAUGACAAAUUGGUCUCGAGACAACAAAGGUUGGUAGAACAAUUUUGGUAAUUAUAGGAUUUUAAGUUGGCUUCUCUGUAAUAAGCGCUGAAGACAACCAUUGUUGUGUUCUUAAUCUCAAAAUUAAUUUGAACGAUGGUGAGUUGACGUCAGAAUUCCACAUUGGUUUAGCAACCCACUGUGAUUGGUUUUUACUUACUGAAAAUGUAACGUAAUGUACGUAAUAAGAGAAAGAUAUGUGAUGAUGCGGAAAAUUGACAUCGAUAUUUCAACGGAAAUACACGUUUUUAGGACUACCGAUACCGAAAAGGUGUUUUUUUUUCAAAACGUCCGUCUAUCUGUCCAUCCGUCUGUCCGCCAGUAU